AUGGCUCUCCACCUCCCUCUAUCCCUUGCAGCUCUCAACAAGUUCCUUCUUUCUGCUUCCCCCUCCCCCCAGACCACGUUCUGUCAUCCAAUUGCCCAAGCUCGUCAGGUAUGUCACGCGCUGCUUUCCCUUGUCUCUCUUCCCCCUCUAUUCGACCCCGGCGUAUCAAUAUCUAUCUAUCUAUCUAUCUAUCUAUCUAUCUAUCUAUCUAUCUAUCUGAGCUUAUUCAUUAUCUAUCUAUCUAUCUAUCUAUCUAUCUAUCUAUCUAUCUAUCUAUCUAAUUUCAAACUGAUUAAAUUUAAAGAAAGGUUUAAUUAUCAUUUUCACCUAUCUAUCUAUCUAUCUAUCUAUCUAUCUAUCUAUCUAUCUAUCUAUUUUCAUUUCUAUGUUCAUUUCUUUCUUUCUUUCUAUCUAAUUUCAUUUUUAUCUAUCUAUCUAUCUAUCUAUCUAUCUAUUUUCAUUUCUAUGUUCAUUUUUUUCUUUCUUUCUUUCUUUCUUUCUUUCUUUCUUUCUUUCUUUCUAAUUUCAUUUUUAUCUAUCUAUCUAUCUAUCUAUCUAUCUAUCUAUCUAUCUAUCUAUCUAUCUAUCUAUCUAUCUAUCACUUUUGUUUUUAACCGUCCCACAUGA